ACACAGAGCACUCUUACGAUAGAGUUUCACAUUUCGUCAAUAUUGCUUCUCUUCUGAGUCGCUCAUACACUCUCACCCGAAAGUGAAAAAAAAAUCUAGAACUUGCUCGAUAUUUCGCGAGUCAUAAAAAAUAUUAGGGAUAAGUCAAUCCAACUGUUCGCCUGGCUGAUCCGUUUGCUCACGAGUUUCAUGUAGACGUAGCCCACAUGCGUUACCAUUCCUCGUUACUGCAUAAGGAUCAAACACGAAAAUGCCUAAACGCAAAAGAGUACCAGCAUACACUAAUGAGGACCUCCAGAAAGCUCUGGACGCUGUGAAUGCAGGAAAGACCCUGGGAUCAGUGAGCAAGGAAUUCAACAUCCCCAAGUCAACCCUAUUCGACAAGUCCAGAGGUAUCUCAAAGCCCACAAUAGGCAGACCAGGACCUGUGAGUGUCCUAGGGGAAUUCUACGAACAGAAGCUCGUAGAAUGGAUUCUCUACAUGUCUGACCAGGGCUGUCCUGUCACCAAGGAUCAGCUCCUAAAUUCCGUCCAAAAGCUCGUCGAAUCGCUGGGUAAAGUUGACGUUUUCACUGAUGGUCGUCCUGGCAGACACUGGUACGGAGCCUUUCAGAAACGUCAUCCCGAGGUUGAAGACAGACUUUCCGAGAAUACAACGUCAUCUCAAGCUAAAGUAACUGAGGAGAAAAUUCGCCACUGGUUUGAACAAGUGAAAAAUUACUUGGUCACCAAAAAUUUACUGGGCAUUGACAGCUCUCGUGUGUUCAACUGUGAGGAAUCAGGCUUCUACCUGUGUCCAAAGGGCCAGAAAGUCCUGAUAAAACGAGGAAAUCGAGCAGCAUUCGAUGAAAAAGAGUGUCUCACAGCACUUUUCUGUGGGAAUGCUGCUGGCCACCAUCUACCACCAAUGAUCACCUUCAACUAUAUAAGAAUACCUGCUAUUGUCACAGCACUCACACCAAAAGACUACACCAUUGGUCGUUCAACUACUGGAUGGAUGACGCCAACAUCAUUCUUGGAUUGGAUUCGCAAGUCUUUUCACCCUUGGAUUGUGAAAAAUGAGAUUGAAAUGCCAGUUGUUCUGUAUCUGAAUGGACACUCGGCUCAUUUGACUCUACAGCUCAGUGAUUUUUGUCGUGAGAAUGGGAUAGAGUUGAUUUCAAUUCAUCCAAACUACAUCAAUUUUCUGCAGCCAAUGGACGUCGCAGUGUUUCAUCCCCUCAAAGCUGCUUGGAGAGAUGCUGUUACUGAGUGGAGGCUGACUAAAGAUGGAAAUCGUGUCAAGAGAGAGCACUUCGGAGGAGUUUUGGAAAAAGCACUUGGUAAGAUGAAGUGGGAGAGCAUUCUAGCGAAUGGAUUCCAGGCCACAGGACUCCACCCAUUCAAUCCUGAUGCGAUCCAUUACGAAGAGAAUGUGAGAAUUACGAGACAGCCACAGUUGAAGACAUCGCCUGUCCCAACAGAGCCGGAACUUCCCUGUUAUAGUGAUGAACAAAUGACUUACAUCGAGUUCGUGGAGGCAAACAUCGACAGCCAACUACUUCAAGAUUUCAAACUCGUUGGUGAUAGGGAAGAGUGGUCAGGGGAUGUUGCUCAGAGCGGGCUGUUUUUGUUCUGGAGAAAAAUUAAGAAUUGUGAGGGAUCCCAUGGGAAGCCGAAAGCCUCAGCAUCAGCCGAGGACGAACAAAACCCAGAUUCCCAGAAGUCAUUUCUUGCUAACACUAGUUUACGAUUCCAUUGUCCUUCCUUUAAUACUUUUCUGAACGAACAUUCGUGAUGAUUCCUCUCCCAGUAUUUUUUUAUA